AUGUUUGCAAGUCUAAAAAGCAAAAUUAAAGAAGAGACUGGAAGUGACAUUAGCAAGUUGACUAGUAGUUGGAGAAGUGGAGCUUUCUUGGGAAGAUUGUCAUUACGUGAUGAUUCGUCCACAACAAGCCCUUCAAGUUCUGGUGGACAAGGUGAUACAACAUCAGAUUCAAUAUCACCUCAACUACAAACAUACCUAAAUGACAGAACUGGAGGUCAAGUAGACCAAGUAGCUCUUCAUCAGCAGUAUACCACACAACUUGAAGAGAAAUUAAGAGAUAGGGAUCUUUUCUGGGAGCAAAAAAUUGAGGAAUUGAAACUGUCUCUUGCAUCAGUACAAGGUGAAGAAGCAUCGGCAGCUCAAACGGUGGCUCGUACAGCACAGGCAGAGGCAGCUAAGGCUAUGCUUGAAAGAGACCAAUCGCAGAGACAUCUUAAUGACCUUAAAGCAAGAUUAGCAGCUGCAGAAAAUGCACAGGAUCGCCUUGAUACACUUAAUGAAGAGUUAGAGGAAUCUCGGCGAGCUUGGACACGUGAACGCGCAGAACUCACAGCGGCUUUGGGCGCUGCAGACGCCCGAACGAGAGACCUCGCUGAUGAAUUACAAGUCUUGAGAGCCGCCUUACCCACAACGCAUCCCGAACACCAUGUUCAUGAUGAUGAUAAAGAAAUGCAAUUAACGGGUUGUGGUGACUAUGACCGUUUGUGUCGUGAGAAGGCGGUCUUAACCCGUCAGCUGCAGGAAGCCAAAAUGGUCCUUGCUGAUGUUAAAACCUCUUGGAGUGCACAGAUUGCUUCGCUUGAGACUCAGGUGGCGCGUCUGUCUCGCCAAGCGGGAGAAGAAGGUGUAGAAAGAAGAAGAGUAGAGAACGAGAAAAGAGAUAUUCAGGAAAAUCUUCUAGAAUUAUCCGCUGAGCUUGAAAAAGCAAGACAGAACUUGGCCAAUAGUGAAGCUAAGGUGGUGCGUUUGAACGGCGAGGUGCAUUCAUUGGCCAUGGAAGUGAAGACACUGCGCAAUGCAGCAAGCGGGGCUACCGAUAAAACAAUGGAAUUAGAGGCUCAAAUACAAGAGUUAACAGCUGAAAACAAAGAAUUGUCUGAAAUGUUGGAAGACAGUAGAGAGAUGGUCACGAUGUUGAGAGAAGAACUUGAGGAGUCACGUAAAAUUUGUGAUGAGCAUAAAGAAGAGGUGAAUCACCUUAAUUCGGUGAUGACAGAUAUGCAACAUGACUAUAUUGAUAUACAACGAAAGUUUGAUAAGGAAAGGCGAGAGAAAGAUGAAGCACUAUUGCGAAAUGCUCAUAUUUCGCAAAACGUUGAGAAGAGCCUGUGCAAUGUCCGAUUUCUGGAGUCAGAGACAACAGAGUUGAAAUCAAAAAUUACAGAGCUGGAGGGAAUUAUAUCGCAACAUAAAGAGAAUCAAGCGUCGUGUAUGCUAAUAAAGGAAAAUGAAGAGGCGAGAAAUAAGGAAAAUGAGGAACUCAGACAGCGAAUAAAAAUAUUCACUGAAACUGAGGUCACGUUUAAGAAAACAAUUCAAGACUUAGAGGCUGAAAUCUGUGAUAGAAAUAAGAAAAUAAAAACCUUAGAUAAUAGAAUAUCGGAUAUGAAGAAAACCCUUCAGCGUGAAUUGCAAAGCAGCAAGUCGGAUCUAACCACGGCCGAAGAACAGGAUAUAAGUAGACGGUAUUUAAAACACGUAGUGCUACGAUUUUUAACUGCGCGUGAGUUAGAAGCGCGACAGCUGACGCGUGCUCUUUCAGUGCUGUUACGAUUAUCUGCACACGAAGAGGCUCUGUUGAGGGCGGCCUUACCCGCCCGAUCUGGUAUUUCCACCUGGUUUCCUGCCCUUAACGCGUGA